UUAGUAGUGAAAUAUUGUGUGCCUGUAUGUUUUAAUAUUGCAUCAAAAUCAAAGUCCAAGGUCCAAUGGAUAACACUGAAUACCAUUUCUAAUCGCAUACACGCACAACACAUUCAUUCGCAUUCAGUUACAGUUACAGCUACAAUUAUGUGCUCCAAGGAACAUUAUAUGAAGUUCCUUUGGCCCUAUCUGCUGCCCGAGAAACCGAUCAAGCAAUCGCUGAUCGGUAAAUCUUGUAAUAGCGAUACUGGCAUCUGGUUCCAUGAUGUCAACAAAUGUCUCCUGCUCACCUUUUAUAAUAAUCGCGAGGCACAAGCCGAAAUCAAGAUUCUAAAUUUGUUGAUGCAUCGCAGUCCGCGUGAAACUGGAGGCAUUGAGACAUUUACGUAUCCACGAAAAGAGCCUACUGAUGCUGAGAUUGUAUUUGGCAAUUGCGAUUGCGAAAAGCUGUUUUGCAAUCGACGACCAUUCAAAACCGGCUGGGAUAAAUCUCGCAUCGAUUGGCUGUGGGAUUUGGAGCACUUAGAAACACAGCAUCAAUUGCAUUAUAUUUUACGAGAGGACGACGGCCGCAAGAGGUUUUCAAAAAGAACAUCAUAUAUCCAACUGCUGAGACCUGUAGUGCAAGUGCAACCAAAGAAAAUCGGAUGCUGGAGUUGGUUACGACAUAGUUGUGGCUAUGUCUCUGAUAGCGAAAGCAUAGAUGUUGACAAGAGCGCAAUAAGUUUAUGAUUUGUGAUUUUGAGUAUUUGAACACUUUUCGAAAAAAAAACCACUUAAAUAGAACUUCCUGUCUCAGCAGCA